ACAUAGGGUUGGGAAUUAGACAAGUUCAGACAUCAUGGAUGGGGUGAUAUUGAUGUUCCUGCUUAUAUGCCUCUCAGCGGGGACGAUGUCGAUGGUUCGAGGCGAAGAUCCGUACAUUUUCUUCACAUGGAAUAUCACUUAUGGCACCAUUUCUCCUCUGGGAGUACCUCAACAGGUUAUUAUGAUCAACAAUCAGUUUCCAGGACCUAAUAUCAACUCUACUAGCAACAACAAUGUUGUUGUCAAUGUCUUCAAUAACCUCGACGAGCCAUUCCUUCUCACCUGGACGGGCGUCCAGCAGAGGAAGAAUUCAUGGCAAGACGGUGUGCUUGGAACGAAUUGCCCGAUCCCUCCUGGCACCAACUACACCUACCAUUUCCAGGUGAAGGAUCAGAUUGGGAGCUACAUGUACUACCCAAGUGUGGGUAUGCAAAGAGCAGCUGGUGGUUUCGGUGGCCUCCGAAUCAACAGUCGUUUGCUCAUCCCCGUCCCUUACCCCGACCCGGAGGACGACUACACUGUCAUAAUCAAUGACUGGUACACCAAGAGCCACAGCGCUCUCACAAAGUUCUUGGACAGUGGACGAUCAAUUGGUCGGCCUGAGGGUGUCUUGAUCAAUGGUCAAGCCGCCAAGGGAGACGGCAAGGACAAGCCUUUAUUCACAAUGAAGCCAGGCAAGACCUACAAGUACAGGAUUUGCAAUGCUGGGAUCAAGACAUCACUCAAUUUCAGGAUCCAAAACCAUAACAUGAAGCUUGUGGAGAUGGAAGGCUCACAUGUUGUGCAGAACGUAUACGAGUCCCUCGACGUCCACGCGGGGCAAUGCUUUUCCGUCCUGGUCACUGCUGAUCAAGAACCAAAGGACUACUACAUGGUGGCUUCAACCAGAUUCACCAAGACUGUCCUAACUUCAAAGGGAAUUAUGUCGUAUGAAGGCGGUAAGGGCCCCGCCUCUCCUGAACUCCCUGAAGCCCCAGUUGGGUGGGCUUGGUCUCUCAACCAAUUCCGCACGUUCCGCUGGAACCUCACAGCCAGUGCUGCCAGGCCUAAUCCCCAAGGCUCAUACCACUACGGUGCCAUCAACAUUACCCGAACAAUCAAGCUUGUGAACACAGUUGACAGGAGCGGCGGCAAGCUUCGCUAUGCGCUCAAUGGAGUCUCUCACGUCGAUGUUCCAACCCCACUUAAGCUUGCUGAGUACUAUGGAAUCACAGACAAGGUCUUCAAGUACGACAGCAUCCCAGAUGAACCUCCGGCCAAUAUCGAAAAAGUGACCGUACAACCCAAUGUCAACAAUGUCACCUUCCGUACCUUUGUGGAAAUCAUAUUUGAGAACCACGAGAAGAACAUCCAGUCUUAUCACUUGAGCGGAUACUCAUUCUUCGCUGUAGCAAUUGAGCCCGGAACCUGGGGUCCAGAGAAGAGGAAGAACUACAACCUCCUCGACGCCAUUAGCAGGCACACAAUCCAAGUCUUCCCCAAAUCAUGGGCUGCAACUCUUCUGACAUUCGACAACGCUGGAAUGUGGAACCUGAGGUCAGAGAUAUGGGAGAGGACCUACCUCGGACAACAACUAUACAUUAGUGUCUUGUCCCCGGAACGAUCACUGAGAGAUGAGUACAAUGUCCCUGACAAUUCAAUACUUUGUGGGCUCGUCAAGGACUUGCCUAAGCCACCUCCUUACAGCAUUUAAUCAAACUUGCAUAAGAAUUGCGAGAUCGAGUGUUGAUUCAGGAACUCUCAUAUGGAGAACCAAAGAUAGAGAUGAUGAUGCAGAGGAAGAUCAGGAGGAAAAAACAAAAACCACCAUUAAACAUGCAUUCACAAUUUAAAAUAUUUGUAUUUGUGCGCAGAGUGUGUAGAUGAUGGUAAAGAAUAAGGAGGGGUAUGGUUUAUUGUUUAAAUUAGAUCCUUCUCAUAAUU